AUCGUGGUUUAUGUUAUUAAGUAGAUUUUGGCUUGUGUAGAGACUGAAUUUGUGUGAUAUUAGUCAUUAAAUAUGAAUUCUUCUGAUGAAAUCCAUUCAAAUCGUGAUAUAGUGUGCCUUCCAAGAUCAUUUUAUCAAAAACAAAACUCGCUUGAAAAUGUUAACAAAAGUUUGUCAAAUGUACGACCAAUUUGCCGGUAUUCUAUAGAUGCUAGUGUAGAUAAUGACGGUACGAUACGCGGAAAUGUUCAAUUUAUGAAACCACCAAUCUAUGAACAAUUCGAAAGAAUUGAACGUGGUUUUGUUAAUACACCAUCGUGUUGGCAUAGAAGAUACUUGAACGAUUAUUAUGAAAAUCUUGGAGAUGAUUUCAUAUCGAGUUCUGGCAAUCUAUUCUCAAAACGAGAAAGACUAUGGCAAAAUCAUUUUGGUCCAAGUGCACUUGAUGUUCGUAUUGAGAAUGGACGAUUGUCGAAUGCAUUUUCAUUGCCGCAACGAUCAUCGGUUGGUAGCUUUGUGAUUCAAUCGGAUGGCAAAUGGGACAAUUCAAAAGAUUCAACCAACAACGAAAAACGGAAAUUAACAAGACAAUAUUUUGUUACCACAUUUUCAAUAUGCUAUGCCAUAUUUCUGGUUGUAUUUGGUGCCAUCAUUUUUAUCGGUGAUGUUGUUAAGAGCCAAUAUCCACUGCCACAGGCUUUUUGCCUAUACAUGCUUUGUAUGGCAUUUGCAUAUUUCCUUUAUCUAUAUAAAGACAUCCGGCGACAUAUUUUUCAUGCAAAAAAUGAACUCAAAGAUCGUUUGGAACGCAAGGAACUUAUUGAAAAUUAUGUCAAACAAAAUAAAGUGCAUGGCAAUAGAUCGACAAAUGUGGAAGCACUCUAUGCUCAAGCUAUUCUUGACUUAAAUUUACCGCCCAUUAAAAGCAUUAUACACAAAUAUUGCUUCUUGCCAAAUCAAAAUGGAGAAUCUUUUUACAUAAAAUUGGGCGCUGCAUGGUUCGCAUUUGGUCUGCUCGUGUAUUCAGCACUUCAAAUUAGUUACGAUGCCUAUUUUAUAUCAUCGAACGGCGACUAUUUGUACGAAUGUGCUUCAUAUACAACGCUUGCACUGAAUAUUCUAUUUCCGCUUUAUUCAUUAUUCUCGUUGUUUUUCAUUGUAAAAUACAUGAAUGUUGUUAUCAAUGUGAAUGAAAAUGUGGCGCGAAUAUUUUUAAUGCAUUCUGUUGGUACAUCGUUGUCGCUGUGGGUGUUCACCAUAAUCAGAGAGACAGCGGAUGCCAUUGCAGAAUCAGAUGCCGAAAAUUAUGCAAUGUUUCGAGUCGCCCGACCAAAUGAAACAUUUGAAUUUGUGUAUAAUGAUUGUGGUAAAUCGAAUGCAUUGAAUGCUGUUCAUCGCCAAUUCGCUCCAUAUUUGUAUCCAUUCGUUAUCGAGUAUUGCAUUUUAAUCGUUGGUAUUUGGUGUAAAAUCUACGCAAAUAUCAAUCAUUGCCCACGGAAAAUAGGCAACACCAACGGCAACGAUAAUGACGUUGACAUACCUUCGUCUCAAAAUGACAAAACGGAACAUUCAUUGUCAACGGUUUACUUGCCGGAACUUAGCCAAGAAUCAGCCGAGCACCAUAAAGACAUUGAAACCAAUUCCCAUGUUCACAUGAAUUGCCAAUCCAGUUAUCAUGGCAUUUUUAUUGGCCUUUUACUGGCUAUCAUGACCAUUGUUUUUAUUAUUCUAAUGUUUGUCGGAUUUCAAAAUCGAUCAUAUCUAAAGACGAGUAUAACGAUCAACAAUAUCUUCGAAUGCACUGUACUAUUAAUUCUGAUUAUUGCCACUAUUUACGCUUAUACGCAAACCGUGAAAUUGGACAUUAAAUUUGAUCCGAAAAUUAAAAUGGACGACAUUUUGCUUGUUAUUGCAAUUCCAGCUUUUUUUAUGGAGUGCAUUUUUUCGCUGUUGCCAGCUUUUCACAGUGGUGCCAUUCUGACGAUAUGCAUUUCAAUCUUUCGCGUCAUUCAAGUUUUAAUUCAAACACCAUUCAUAAUUGAUGGAAAAAGACGGUGUUCGAAUUCAAUAUUUUUGCAAAAUAAGAAAACCGGACGUGGUAUUGUGAUAUUUUUAGCAAUGGCCAACAUGAGUCUUUGGAUAUAUCAUACAUUUUCUGGGAAAACCAUCACUGGUGAUGUACGAUACAGUUAUUAUGGAUAUAGACUUUGGAAUAUUUUGAAUCACAUAUCGCUUCCGUUAAUCAUGUUUUAUCGAUUUAAUGCAUCAGUUAGUUUGGUUGACAUUUGGAAUCAGGCCUACGAAUCUGCACAAAAAACCAAAUGAAUUCGAUGGAAGCCAAUGUAUUCAAAAACUAUUUGAUCGAAUAAAUGUGGAUUUAUUUGGAAUUUUAA